CAUCAACCAUGAUAAUACUAGGCUCAGUAGACUUGGGCUGGGGUAAGCAGACGCUGGCCCUGCGUCGCAAUCUAAAGUUCCAAAGUUUCGGGUCUUGGUUCACUCACCUUCGAAGCGCACGUCGGGCCUUUCAGGAGCAUAUACCAUCUAUAGUGUCACUUCACUGUUUUCUUCGGCUACAGAUGAAUCAUAUAAUCCAUACAUCCCACCGAUCUCUCCUACCCGCAUAACAGUUCAACGGCGGUUCUCUCACUUCAUCAUGUUACACACUUCGCUAACUAGAUGUCUUCCUGGUAUUGCACUCCCACCACUCCCUGAGAAACAGUAUGCUGGGCGGUUCAGUGCUGAUUUUGUCGAGGCUCGUAGAGGCAAACUCGAGAGAUAUAUUGGGUGUAUUGUGAGGCACCCUGUUGCACGAUAUGCCGAAGUUGUCACGUCUUUUCUUGGUUGCGACAAUGAUGCGGAUUGGAAACGGCUUAUGCCCCAAUUACUUUCAAUGCCUGAUGCUGGGCCUUCAUUCUUCGCACACGUUUUUCAUCCUGCAUUCAACGUAGAUGUGGACGAUGCCACAGAAGUAAUCGAUUGCUUCAGCCGUCACACCCUUGCAGUGGGCAAGGGCACGCAGAGUUUGAGUUUUUGGUCGCAUUCGUGAAGUGAGACUAGAUGUCGAAAGCCGAACGAUUGUUGUCGUACUCAUUAUUGUCCUUGAUUACGUCGACACCUUUGUCAUCUACUCCCCUGGGGAUUAACGAAGAUCCGGGG